UAUUCGUUGAGUUGAAGUUAUGUUACUAAAUGUUAAACUUUGUACUGUUUCAGGUCAGUAUAGAACAAUCUACUGUCUAAACACAUGCAUAUAUAUAUACAGAUAUAGAUAUACAUGUUUAUGUAACUAAUAAGAGUCUUAUUUUACACUUCCUAUAGUUCUUUUUAGCUUGAUAUUGUCAAUUAUAUAAAAUCAAAUCGAAUAUAAUAUGGAAUGUAAAAAAGCUGUUGUUAAAAAUGCUGAUAUGUCAGAUGAUAUGCAACAAUGUGCCGUUGAUAUAGCUGCUCAAGCAAUGAUUGAAUAUAAUAUAGAAAAAGAUAUUGCAGCUUAUAUUAAAAAACAUUUUGAUAAAAAUUAUGGUCCAACAUGGCAUUGUGUUGUUGGUAAAAAUUUUGGAAGUUAUGUAACACAUGAAACCAAUAAUUUUAUUUAUUUCUAUCUACAAAAUGUUGCGGUACAAUUAUUUAAAUCAGGAUAAAUAAUCAAUUACACAAUUUAUAUAAUUCAAUGCACAUAUUCACUUGUUUUCAAUGAGUAGAACUACAACAACAACAGCAGC